AUGGCAGCUAAUGGAGGGGAGAAGAAAGCAGUGCCAGAAGACUUGGAGAAUGAUGAUCGCGAUGUUGCCGACCUCUGGAAGCAGGCUCUCAAGCAGUACAGGGGCAUUGUGGGGUUUGACCUGCAGCCCAAAUUCAACAGUGUCCAAGACAUGAUCGACUUCGGAACCAAUGAGAUGAACUCAUUCCACAAGUUUCGACACAACAGCAAGAAAGUGGACAAGCUGCGCAGCCUUUUCGCGGCUAAUAUUGACUAUAUCGAGAAGGGGGCUCAGCAACUCAUCAGCGCGGCUGUUCCUGCAUUCCCUCCAGCGGCUGCGAUUGGCACCGCAAUCACAUAUCUUCUUUCGGCUUGCAGACAAGUGUCGGCAGAUUAUGACGUCGUUGUCGUCUUCUUCGACGAUAUGAAUAGCUUUCUGCAGCGCAUAGUCAUCUUGAAGGCUCGCCUGCCAUCACACAAGGCUUACCAGAACUGUCUCAUGGACGUCUUUACGUCUUUUCUGACAUUGACUGGCUAUGCACACAAGUAUAUAGAACUUGGCCGUUUCAAGAAAUGGAUCACCAACCUGAUUGAGGGUGAAGAUAGCGACUUGGGUGGUGCUCGGAAGACGAUGGAUAAAAAUCUCGCCCGGCUACAAAAUGCCACAGAGUUUGCCAUCCACGGUAACAGUGAGGAACUCAAGAAAAUGAGUGCUGAGCUGCAAAUCAACCAGAUUACACACAGACAGAUGCUGGAGGAGCAGAAGGUGAUUAUGUUCAAUAUCAGCCAAGAUACUGGGAGUAUUCGCAGCGAUGUUGCCAAGCUGCUCAAGGCGUUUACAGAACAGAACGCAAAGCAUGACCACAAAGGGAAGCCAUCCAAUCAAGACGCGGGAAAGCCAGCUUCUGCAAACCAAGUUCGAAACAGGAUGCCAGAUAUUGAGGGAGAGGGCCAUGAGUAUAAGGUCCUGAAGGAGACGCUAAUCCCGGACACCUGCACUUGGGUCUUUUCUGAGCCUGGGUGGGAGGCAUGGAUCAAGCAAGACGGAGACACCACUGUGCUCAAGCCAAUCCUUGCCCUAUCGGGACUGCCUGGGACUGGCAAAAGCCAUCUUGCGGCAUCGGUAUACGACAGACUCUACAGCAUCGCGCGAGAGGACGCAGCCCAGCGUACCUGUGCAACCCAGUUCUACUACCGAGAGCAGCGUAGAGACCUUGGCUGGUUCAAGAGCGGUUUGAUCAGUACUAUUACUCAGGUGGUGGACCAGAGCGUGCCUCUUUGCGAGAGGAUCAACGCAGAGAUGGUCCGCGACGAGGUUGCGUAUAACGUUGAUGUUUGGAGAGACUUGCUGCUCAAGAUACUCGGUCCAGCGUUCAGCAAGGACUCUACAAACCAUCUUUUCCUCCUUUUUGACGGCUUGGAUGAGAUGUCUGACUUUUCUGAAUUUCUCGAGUUCGUUAAGCUUGUCAGAGAAAGAAAGUUUCGAAUGACGAUUGUCGUCACGACUCGCCCCGAUCUUCUCCAACAACUAACCGAAAAGUUCGAGGUUCGCACCAUUGAAGUUGCGAAGGAAAAGCAACUGCAGGACUUCAAGACCCUCGUGUGGCAUCGAAUCAACAACAUGAACUACCUGAAGAAGUUCUCACGUUAUGUUCAGCAGAGAAUUGCAGAAAAGGUGGAAGAAGCAUCGCCGAGCUUGCUGUAUGCUGAACACACUCUGGAUAGGCUCAACUCGCUCGGGCGCGAGGGAGCUGUUCUUCAGGUGCUUGCGCGUCCAAUGCCUGAAACAUUGCAUGGCGUAUACGAAAUUAUGCUGGACGAAUGCCAGCGCCGAAUGCCCGUUGCUCACCAGCAGAUUGCCUCCAAGCUGCUCCAUUGGAUUGCCUUUGCAUAUCGCGUUCUGACUCUCGAUGAAGUAACAUCGCUACUGGUGUAUCUCUCCAAGGAUGACAGCUUUGAUCUCGAAGAGAUUCCCGAGGUUGCCUCCAAGUUUCUCCAGAUGUACAACGAUGGUGCUCUACCCGUCAAGUUCAAAGAGAGAUCGAUGCGGGCAUUCUUCAGAGAUGCCACCAACGGCAACUCUAAGUGGCAUUUGAAGGCCUCGGAGGCACAUCGUCAAAUACUCUUGGCCUGUGUUGACCUUGUCAAGCCAGAGCCUCUUGGACCGGGCCACACAAUCAACGACGGCCUGAGGUUGUACGCUGCCUAUCGUCUGAUCUCGCAUUCCUCCCUACUGGUGUGGGAGGACUAUACGAUUGAAGAGAAAGCAGAGGUCAUGGAAGGGUUGGCCGUGGCUCUUUCGCAUACUGACUUCUCAGAAACACUCAGUCGCACCGGAAUGACCUAUAAUAGAAGCAUCAAGAGUGUGCUGAAUGGCAGGAUGGCUGUCUGGGCCGAGUCUCUCAAGGUCCCUGGGAUUGCAUCUCUCUUGAGCUCCGAUGCGGUUGCAUGGUGGGCGGAUGUUGCCGUUGAUUCCCGGAGGUGCAGAUAUGGAAUGGUGAAGGGAUACGUCCGGCGCCUCUAUGCUGCGGCUAAUCGUGAUGAGGCGCUGACUGCGUAUAAGCUCAUCUAUGGGCUUUUAGGCACUUCUGGGCUUGACCAUCUCCUUGUUGACAGCGCAAAAAAGAACUUUCCGGACGAGGCAUCAGCGCCAGAGACUACAGAUGCCGAUACACUUCCGGACGAUAACGAAGAUGCUGACAAUCAAGCCAUGGAAGAGCUCGGAGAAGAAAGGAGUUCAUUAGGCUUACCGAACAUCUUCAGCGAAAUCGAGAUGGAUGCAACGGCUUAUCGAGCGGUGGGAGAGCUUUUCUUGAACUACGGCUUUUAUAAGCCGGCUGAUUCGAUGUGCAAUAAAGCAUUCGAGCUCUGUGGUUCCAGGAAUAACGAUACGGAGAAGUUCAAGACAUCCAUUUUAUACUCCAAAGUCUUGUGGAAGCUACAGGAGAAGGAUAGGGCGUUCGAAACUAUAUCGGAGUGUGUCAAGCAUAUCGAGACAGCCGACGUCCCUACUUCACUGAAGCGAUCAACUCUCUUGGCAAAGGCAGAGCUUGAGGGAAAGCUCAGGAUGCGAGACGCCGCGGUUGAGUCUUAUGCCAAGGCAAAAGCAGUUGAUCCUACAGGGACAACUUCCGGAGAUGCCCUUGAGGGAGAAAUCGAGCUUUUUGAGAAGGUGGCUGAUUAUGGUGGAUAUUUUCGGACGCUGAAGAGCUGGAGUGCUAUUGAUCGGCUUACUUGGAUGGCGUGGAGCUAUUGUAAUCAGGGACACGAGCGACAUGACAAGCUUCGCUCUCUCGCAAUUAGAGAGGGCGAAGUCGACUUUCUCAUUGAUGCCUACAAGGAGGCUAUCCAAUUCCUUGAUCGGCUCAACUCUGGUGCUCCGCUGCGCCUUGAGUUGGCGGUGGCCUAUUUCAGAGCGAAGGGAGAUUUGGAGAAUGCUCGCAAGACCCUGGAUGAGAUAUUUGCCGGCACCUCGAGCGGAUACCCUUAUUCUAUCACUGACGAGGAGCCACAGACAAUGAUGCAGCGACUGGUUGAUGUCAUGUCUGACGUUCUGUACGAGAUUUUCCGGGGCUCGCGAGAUCCCAAGGUCAAGCUGGAAGCCCUUGAGUCACUCAAAGGCAUGAUGAAUAGGCCACUGUCUUUAUCUGUGCCCAUCUAUACGGAUCUAGACCUGGUCUAUCGUCGCAUUGUUCUUGCGUCAAUGUGCUUGAAGGUGGGCCAGGCAUGUGAGUUUCAGGAACGACUUCAAAGCGUCCUGGAUGACUGCUUUGCUGGGCUCACCGAUAAGGUAUCGUGGAACGACGGACAAAAUUUGGAAAAGCUGGCGCAUGCCUUAAUGGUGCUGAGCAAAGCCGUACCGGAUGGACAAGAUAUCCAGCGCUAUGCGCGAAUCGUGAUAUCAGCAAUGUUCUCUAAAAUCACACAUGCGACAGAUGAGGAGCUCAAGCUGUUGGAGAUGGUAAACCAGUUUAGCGAUGGAAGCGACGAUGAGAGCGAUGACGAGAACACUGAAGACACCGAGUCCGACGGAGUAGUAUCUAUCAAGCGGGUUGGGACGGUUGAAGGAGUGGCACCCUACGAAACCUCGGCCACUAUCAGGAGCGGCAAGAGGUCAUCGCCGAGAGACGAGGGAGAUCUGGGCAACCCAAACAUUGUUGGGUGCAGUUGCGACGGCGGCAUCUGCAAUCCCGUGGCUGUUUUUGCCUGGUGGGGAGAUUCUGUCGUUCAUUAUUGCGCAGACUGCUCAAGCACUCUGAUUUGUGAGCUUUGCUACAACGCUCGCCUUGAUCCUGAGAAGGUGGGGUCGCCUGCUGUCAUGCAUUUCUGCGAUAAGAGGCACAAUUACAUCAAGUUGCCUGUGGAGGGAUGGCAGGGGAUCAAGGAUGGAGUGAUGAGAUUGGAAGGGGAGGAGCCAAUCAAAUUUGACGACUUUUUGAAGCAUUUGCAGACUGAGGGUUGCCGAGACGCCUGGGAUCGGUUUUGGGCUGGAGCGUGA